AUGCCGGAUAUCAAGUUCCACUCCUUUCUUUCUACAUUUUUUCUCGGAUCCUCUCGGUUGGAUUGUUACUCAGAUCCUCUCGGUUGGAAAGAUGGUUUUUCUCUUGAAACUUCCAAUGUAGCUAGUUCUUGUAAGAAUGUGAAGGACGUGCAUAAGUUGUUAUCGACGAUAAUCGAGCUUGGUCAAGGAUUGGUUGGGCAAGGAAAAGUUCGUUUUUCUGCCGCAAUAGACUCGGUAAGUGAAAUGGUAAGACAUGCAUCGGUGUCAUCAGUUUCAGGCCUAUUGAGCAACCUUCGUAGCCAUGAUCAGGUUUCAAGUAUCUUUUGGCUGUUACAUUCAGAUCUUCAUGAAGACAGGGUCACUGCUGCUUUCGAGUACCUCUCCACCAUGGUGGCCAGUGUAGAACCGUUAAAUCAGUUUGGAAAUGGACAGAGGAGUAAUAUGAAUACCUUUCCUUUGCUUGAACAAAGUUUUGCUAAAGGGAAGUUUCAUGUCCGAUUCAAGCGUAGAAAUGGACGAGUUCGAGUGGCGUGUGAAGAGGUUCGUGUAGAGCAGUCAGAUGUUAACUUUACAUCCGUUUCAUCUGACAAUGGAAUGAUAAAUGAAGGCCUUAUUCCGAAGGUCCAGUUUAAUCUUCAGCUCUCAGAGAAGGAGCGACUUGACAGGGCUAGUGUUGUCCUUCCAUUCGAACAUCAAGGAAAUGGUAAACCUAUACAAAUCUAUGAUGGUCGAAGAUCUCUUACGAAUACAAAAGAUGAGAUGACAUCUGUUUCAACCGGGAAAUCAGAAACGAAUGAUUCUAGCAAAGGCGAGAUAAUAUAUUUCCGUGAUUCAGAAGAUGAGAUGCCUGAUUCUGAUGAGGACCCAGAUUAUGAUUUGGAUAUAUAAUUUUGUUUGCAUUCUCACUAG